UCCCAAGAGCUGGUUGGGACCAGGUUUACUCACCUCGGUGCCUAGCUUAUUGACAUUCAUGUUGUUCAUGAGCAUCACGGUGUUGGAAUGGUUCAUCUGACGUAGCUUCCACGUCUUGUCAUUGGUGCACACCACGAGGUGACUGUUGGAGUUUCCAUCGGUUCUAUCAUGGUCUAGUGGGGAUGAUUUGAUCAACAACUGGCCAUCUUUAUUGUUUUUGACAUGGUCCAAGAGGUCUGGAGGGAGCUGGAGAAACUUGUAGGUGUGGUUCUCAGGGUACGAGAUCUGCUGGUACACUGAAUAGGACAUUGGUGGCUGUAGAGGUUGUGGUGGCGUUAAUAUGGUUACGCUAAUGAUGAUCCUAAUAUGGCAGUGAUGGUGAUGGCAGUUCAGAUUUGUCGCGUAGCAACGCGAACAAUUAAAUCUAGAGAAUCAUUUCCUUAUUCAUAAAAUGGAGGGGACGUAUCUAGUCUUCUUGAUCAACAAGGAAAUUCCGACGUCCGAAGAGGAAUUUGAGUAUGAAGGAUUUAAUUAUUACGAAAAUCUUGAAUUCCAUGCAUGUAAGAAAGAAAAGGAAGUCAAAAAGUUCUUGAUGCAUUGUGACCCUGAGAAAUAUUCGGAAUACUACUUUGUGGUACACGAAGGCGUAAAAGCCAAACACAGACUAUACAGUCGAUAUAGAGCUGACAUGCUUACAUGUCUUGGUGAAAUCACUAAUGUUGUUGGUACAAUAGAGACAUUGUUCUUUUGGCAGGAACAGAGGUUCGAUUAUAAAGAAGGAAUGAUUGUGGACAAAGAUGAUAAAGUAAAUGUCUAUACCGAGAUCCCUAUCGAAGUUGAUGAUGAGAAAUUGAGAGUGAUUCCAACACAACCUGACGAGUUCAAGGGUUACAAAAGGGAAUUGAAGUUUGAUCACUGGUUUCCACCAAGUUAUCAUUUCUAUGUAACUAAGGACAAGAUUUAUAAGAAAAAUGUGGCAAGAACUUUAGAGUACCAAGAAGAGUAUGAUAUAUCUCAGCUACAAGAUAUUCUCAAGGGUAUUUCUUCAGAUGAUAGAGAUUAGUAUAGUCCGAUACUAGAUGUAUACGUAUUAUAAUCUAGAUUCUGUGUGCAGGCUAGAAAUUUACUCUGAGAAUACUUUUAUCUACAAAUAUAUCUAUUAGUAAUAAAA